AUGGGAAAGGCACUAAUUUCAAUAAUCUGCGGCCUCUCGGUCGUCGGCGUCGCCGUCACCUUGAUCUCCUCGGUGUUCAUCUUCAAUGACAUCAACGAUCUCUACGAAGAAAUCAUGGACGACAUGCACGAAUUCAAACUCCACUCCAACGAUGCCUGGGGUGUUAUGAUCCAUGAAACCCGCGAAAGAGCCAAGCGCGCUGCCCCUACCUUCAGCGCCCUCAUUGGCCGCAACAAGAGACAGGCUGCUUGCGCCUGUGGCCGUCAGCCACAGAACUGUCCACCUGGCCCACCCGGACCACCAGGAACUCCAGGUCUUCCCGGAGACGAUGGAGCCCCAGGACAGCCAGGAAACCCCGGACCAUCCGGAGAGGCCCAGGAUGAAUCCUAUGGAGCCAACAAGGAAUGCAUCUCCUGCCCAGCUGGACCAGCCGGUCCACCAGGCCCAGACGGACCAGCCGGACCUCCAGGUGCCCCAGGAGAUGUCGGACCAGCCGGAACUCCAGGAAUCCCAGCUCAACCAGGAACCCAAGGACCUCCCGGAGAUGCCGGACCAGACGGACAGCCAGGAACCGCCGGACCACCAGGAAACCCAGGCCAAGACGGUCAGCGCUCCACUCCUCUUCCCGGCCCACCAGGACCUUCUGGACCACCCGGCCCAGCUGGACAGCCAGGAAAUCCCGGACAAGCCCCACCACCAGGCCCACCAGGACCCGCCGGACCAGCUGGACCACCCGGUCAGCCAGGCCAGCCCGGAAGCGAUGGACAGCCAGGAGCCCCAGGAGGUGCUGGAAUCCCCGGAAAGGACGCCGCCUACUGUCCUUGCCCACCUCGUGCCACCCAAGCCGCUGUCUCCAACGUCGGCCAGACCAGCGAAUACGGAGCCGCUGCUCCCGCCCCAGCUCCAGCCCCAGCUGCUGGCGGCUAUCGUCGCAAGGUUGCUCGUCGUCAACGUCAGCGAGCUCGUCAAGCUUAG